UUACUGUUGUUAAAACCGAAACAACAAGGAUUAGAAUUUGGCAUAAUUAUGGGAUUCCUUGGCAUAUCAGAGCGUUCACACAUGAGAUGAGAUGAGAUGACCCAAAUGAAUCGAUAAAACAAACAAAUUUGAGACCGAUUUCGCCCAUUUUUUUCUCCGAAAUUACCUUUUCGUACCCCAAUCCUUCUCUCCAUCACUGCUUUUCUUCCUCACGUCUAUGCUAUUCGAUUCCUUACUUCUCUCAUCUCCUCACCUUCCUCAAGUUUUUGGUGCGGUCUGUGUGGAAUGAAGAUCGAGCAAUUGGAUGACGUGGAUUCUGAUUGGAACGAUGGCGUUUACGAGACGCAGAUUGUGAAGGUCGACGCCAAGAGAGCGCUGGUCGGAGCUGGCGCUCGGAUCCUUUUUUACCCGACGCUUUUGUAUAAUGUGCUUCGGAACAAGAUGGAGUCUGAUUUCAGAUGGUGGGACGAAGUUGACCAGUUUCUUCUGCUUGGUGCCGUUCCAUUCCCCAAAGAUGUUCCACGGCUGAAGCGACUUGGUGUUGGUGGUGUGAUCACUCUCAAUGAACCUUAUGAAACAUUGGUUCCGUCGUCCUUAUAUCUUGCCCACGGGAUUGAUCAUCUAGUAAUUCCUACUAGAGAUUACCUUUUUGCUCCUUCACUAGUAGAUAUUAGCCGAGCUGUGGAGUUCAUUCACAAAAAUGCAUCUUCCGGUAGAACUACUUAUGUCCAUUGUAAAGCUGGUCGUGGUAGGAGCACUACAAUUGUGCUUUGCUAUUUGGUGGAAUACAAAAGUAUGACACCAGCCGCUGCACUGGAUUAUGUUCGGUCUAGAAGGCCCCGUGUUCUUUUAGCCCCCACUCAGUGGAAGGCUGUUCAAGAAUUUAGCCGACGAAAACCAGCUACAGCUGCAUACUCUCCCUCAGGAGAUGCUGUUCUUAUCACAAAAGCAGAUCUUGAAGGGUAUCAUGGUGCUUCUGAGAAUGCUAGUAAGCAACUGGCUAUGGUUCAUAAAGUAGUGAGAACCAGUCCCAUGAUAGCAAGAUUGUCAUGCCUAUUUGCUUCCUUGAAAGUAUCUGGUAGUUGUGGUACAGUUUCAAGGCAGUUGCCUGUACCAGAGCCGCGAGCUUGCUGAAAAUCCUCAUGCCCCCACUAGUUGGUUGCUUGUACAGAAGAGCAUUGUGAAAAAUAAGGCUAGAAAAGCUAAGGUUUCAAAGCAUUCGGUAGCUUUGUGUAUGAGAAGAGAAAGACAAGUAAAUGAAAAAAAAAAAUUAAGAACAAAAAAAUCCGAGCGGAUGUCCUGAAAGGUUUGUGUAUAACAAUGUUUUGAAUCUUUGGUGGCUGAGGAAUAUGAAUGAAUAUUCUCAGUUCCGCUUUGUACAUGAAACUUGCACCAUUUUUUCCGAUACCGUAAUCAUUUUUUUUUAAAUUGAAAAUCUACCAUAGGACUAUUAGUAUAUAUUAUGUAAUCUUUGACUAUGAGGAUUUGGUUGGAAGUAGUUAGCUUAAGGGCAAAGGAAAGAUUGGUGGCUUGGUUU